AUGAGUUCCCCUUCACCAUCGUCACGCUCCUCGCGCGACUCCCCCAGGAAUCCGCCCGGGUCCAGCUAUCAUCCCAGCCCAAACCGUCAAGGGACUCAGUCACAGUCCGCAUCUCCCAGGAUGGUAGAUACGCCGAUCCCGGACGAUGAUCAUGGCGCCGACCUCCCGAUGAACAUGACCGCGUCGGUCAUGCUGACGGGUCUACCCCGCGAUGCUCAUCAGGCACUCGCCGACGUGGAAGCUAUCGAUGCUGGUAAAGUGACCGUUCGCUUCCAACCACUCCCAUCAGCCCCUAUUCUCAAGAACCGGGUCUUCAAAAUCAGCGCAUCGCAAAAGUUCGAAACCGUAGUCAAGUUUCUACGAAAAAAGCUCGACUGCAAAGAGACAGACUCGGUCUUUUGCUAUGUGAACAGCGUCUUUGCGCCCGGCCUGGAUGAAGGUGUCGGUGGGCUCUGGCGGUGCUUCAAAACGGAUGAUCAAUUGAUUGUCGCUUACUCGAUGACGCCGGCGUUCGGCUGA